AACACUGAUAAAAGUACAGCUCAUGGUUUUUAUUAAGAACUGUAUUUUAGAUGACUGUUGUGAGUUGAAAUGUCCACUAGAUGGCACUACAUGAUUAGGCGUUGCACUAAAAGUGGGGGUAUGAGCGUUGCAUUUUGGGAAAUGGAGAUGCUAUGAAUGCUAAAUGAGAAACUGCUAAUGCUAGCGCGACCAAGACUCAGACUAAAGAGAAACUGACGAGUUCCGGACUGCUCUAGUGGGCGAAUUGCUUUGAGUUGUUCUGUUUGAUACAAGACUCCGAUUGGUUUUUUUGAAUUGCUGGAUCUACAUCGGAGUGACAGCGUUGAUGUCAAGGAGGAUUCGGCCUGAUUCAAGGCGGGAUUGAAAACGACCAUUUUUCUUCAACUUCAACCAACUUUUGGAGCAUUACCCUGGGAGCAGAUAAGCUCACCUUCACUACAACAUCUUUCAUACUAUACACAGUCACACUACCCGGGUAGUACACACAUACACUGAAUAGGAGAACGGACAUUGAAGCACGGCAGCAAUUGGCUGUGAAGGGACGAUUCGACCAAGUAAUAUUUUUGAUUUACAUGGUUCAGUUGUUGUUAUAUAUAAAUAUAAUAUAUAUAUAUAUAUAUAUAUAUAUAGUAUAUAUGUUGUAUAAUAGUUUAAUAAAUGUCGUGUUGUAUAUUUUUCCUAGUCGCUCUUGCUCCUUGAGUCGAACCUAGGUAUAAUAAGGUGUUCCAUUCGUAGCAGCACCAAAAGAAAAUUACCGUGUUACAUUUUGGCGAGCUAGCCAGGAGCAAGGGCUAUAUAGGUAACCCAAGGAAAAUUGCUGAUUACCAGAAAGUACCAUUUGAUUAUUUGACACAGUAUUUAAUUGUUUUCCCCAUGUAAUUGAUGAAAAUGGCAACAAGUGAUGACAAUCUGUUAGUUCAUGUGAUUGGUGUUACCAGUCAUGAUGCAGAUCGCCACAUUGUUGAAUCGCUGAAAGAUUUUGGCCCUGUUGCUAGAAUACAGAGAACUCGAGACACACGGCAGUUAGAUGGGGAUACAGUCAUCGUCGAAUUUGAGUCAGGAGCCAAUGUAAUGCCACUUCUUCCCAUGGUAGUUUCAAAUGCUAAUAACCCAGGAAUAAAAUGGCAAGUAACUCACCCUCCGACAUCUAACUUAGUUACUGAACAGAUUAGCUCACCCUUUGUCUCCAGUGAUAGUAGUGACUCUGAAAAUGAUUGUAAUUCCGACAAUAGCACCACUCCUCUGGUGUGCCGAAGAAAGAAAACAGUUGAAGAUGAGUGUUUACAGUCACUUCCAACUAAAAUGACACCCAAACAAAAUGAAACUGGUGCAUAUAAAAAGAACCGUAAAAUGCUCCACAGCCAAGAAAUGCCAGAAUUGAGCAACGAUGUGAUAAACCCACCUGAAAUUCAGCGUGUCAUAGUGGAGCAUGUGAUUAAAAGUCAACCCAGUAACUCCAAAUGGAUGAGGACGUUCUCAGGUAGAAUACCCAAACCCCCAGGUGAAGCAGAUUAUGAGACAUGGUCUUUACAUGCUGAGUUGAUGUUCAAUGAUGACAGCCUUUCAGUUGAUGUUCAACGGCGAAAAAUCUUGGAGAGUCUGCUUCCCCCAGCUUCAGAUGUCGUAAGGCAGCUUGGUACGUCUGCACAUCCCAAAAUUUAUGUUCAGCUACUUGACUCAGCAUAUGGACUUGUUGAGGAUGGCGAGGAAGUGUUUGCCAAGUUUUUGAACACUAAUCAGAAUGCAGGUGAGAAGGCAUCUGAUUAUCUUCAGAGACUGCAGAGUCUCCUGUACACUGCUGUGAAGAGAGGUGGUGCAAAAGAGGCAAAUGCUGACCGACACUUAUUAAAGCAGUUUAAACGUGGCUGUUGGGACCACAGUCUGGUCUUACAGCUGGAGCUAAAAAAUGAAAUUCCCCCUAAUUUUGCAGAGCUAUUGCUUCAGAUUCGCACUGAAGAGGACAGGAGAGCAUCAAAAAAUGACAGAAUGCAACGUCACUUAGGCGCCACCGAAACUAAGCCCUUCAUGAACGUCCACUGUGUGCCUGAAACCUCUUCCUUUGACAACAAUGUCAGCUUACUGCAGUCGUACAUCACUGAAACUGAAAGUCUAAGAAGCCAAGUUGCCCAAAUACAAAUGCAGCUCCAUCGCCAGAAGCAUAAGCAAGAGAAGGAAAAUGAAUCUAAAGCAAAUACUGCGUCAAACAGCCCAUCCACGACAUUAGUUGAAGUGCAGGCUCAUCGAGUGAGGCCGCAAAACGCACUUACUACUAGACCCCAGCCAAAAGCCUGGUUUUGUUUUAAGUGCGGUGAGGAUGGCCACAUUGCCAGGAACUGUGACAAGCCCGUGAAUAAGGCACUUGUAGAUCAAAAAUAUGCUGAACUCAAAAUCAAACAGGACGAUUGGAAGGCCAAACAGUCUUUAAACUGGACCAGGUUCCAGUAAAGGGACAUACUGGAGCCGAGGGCACAAGAAACAGUCCCAAGUUCAGAUGGAAGUGGGAAGCUGAAUGUCAACAUGCCUCAGCUUCUGCCCAACAAUUUACCAGCAGAUUGGUUGGAACAAGACAUGUGGCCAAAGUCACAGUUAGUGGAAUACAGCAAAACUGCCUAAUGGAUGGGGGCUCCCAGGUCACAACCAUAACCAAAGAUUUUUAUCAUGCUCACUUGCCUUCUCAUCCCAUUACUCCCAUAGAUGAUCUUUUACAAGUGGAAGGAGCGGCAGGCCAACUCGUUCCGUACAUUGGCUGCACUGAGGUUGACAUAGGGUUCCCAGAGCAUUUUACAGGUGAGCCCACAGUCGUCACAACAUUAGCUCUAGUAGUCCCCAAUCUGGGAGUAAACGUGAAUGUUCCAAUUCUCAUUGGAACAAACACACUUGACAUCCUCUACAAAGAUUUCACUGAAAGAACUGAAAUUUCACCAGAAUGUGAAUACCCCCCAGUUGUCAGGCAUUUACAGAGCAUCUAUAUAAGUAGGACACCAGAUGGUUACGUGGGCACAGUUAAAUUACAGCCCAAAAGUAACAAUCAUCCCGGCGGGAAAAAAGAUGUCCCCACU